AUGCUGCGGCCCCGAGUGCGCCGCCGGCCGCGGCGAGGACGAGGACGUCGUCAAGGGCCGCCCCGCCGCGGCGCCGGGCUGCGGGGUGCCCGAGCUCCGCCUCGGCGGUGCUCUGCCGCCCGGGCCGCGCGGGCGCUCGGGGCCGCGCUUCCAGACGAUGGAGGAUCUGAGGGCGGCCUGCGCGGGCCCGCCGUGGUCGCCGGCGGCAUACUGGUGCUGGAGCUGGGGGAGUCCAUCCAGGACGCCCGCCUGGAGCUGUACGCCAACGGCUUCCGCCUGACCCCCACCACGGCGUGCUUCGGCGGGAUGCCCGCGCAGAGCAGAACGUGGUCCCCGUUCUCCCUGGUGGAGAAGUGCCAGGUCACCGCCAGCGCACCACAUGGGCUUGGAGCCGGGCCCACCACAGCAGUGCACCGCGCCUCCAGAACAUGCGCGGGAUGCUGA